ACUAGUUUUACACGAAAGCAACUUUGAAGAAAAAUAAAUAAUUACUAAAUUUUACUAAUAAAGAACAUGUCUAUAGCUUUGCUAUUGGAAAAGUAUGAUGUAUCCACUGAAGAGGGGCUUCAGAAAGCGCUUCAUGAUAUUGAAAAAGAAGAGUCGGAAGUUAACGAGGCUUUAUCAAAUGCACUGUCAAAAGCGUGUGUACUGGAGGGAAGACUGCGGUCAGCAAGUCAAGCUUACACUAAUCUCGGCGAAGUCAAGAACGAUGCUCAAAUAGCCGCUGAUAUGGUCAACAAAACUGCGGCAUUGGCGAGAGAUGUUAGCGCUAAAGUGCGGCAACUUGAUCUUGCUAGAUCCCGAGUAGCUGAAUGUCAACAAAGGGUGCAUGAUUUAAUAGAUCUAAAAGUGUGCAGUGCUGGUGUAGAUGCAGCUAUAAAAGCACAUGAUUAUGAAACUGCCGCGGGCCACAUAUCGCGUUUCCUCAGCAUGGAGCCGGCGUCCGUGGCGGCGGCGCGCGCGCGCGGCGACGCCGACCCGCGACACGACAUCACGGCCGCCGCGAAUACGCUGCGACAGCAUCUUAUCAAGAAGUUUGAAGAAGCAUCGAAAAAAGAAGAUGACGCGGCUGUAGAGAGACUGUUUAAAUUGUUCCCGCAGAUAGGCUGUGCGGAGCAGGGAGUCGACCUGUUGGCCAAGUACGUGGCUUCACAGUUGGAGACGACAAUCCGUCGCGCGAGCGUGGUGUCUGGUGCGGGCGGGGGCGCAGGCGCGGGCGGGGGCGGGGCGGAAGCGGCGCACGCGGACGCGCUCACCCGCGCGCUGGAGGCGGGCGCGGCCGCGCUCGAGCGGGUGCGCGCGCUGGCCGCGCCCGCGCCGCACACGCUGCCGCGCGCGCUCGCCGUGCUGCAGCCCGUCAUAAGCGCCGGGGCGCGCACGGUGUGCCGCUCGCUGGUGGCGCGGCGCGCGGGCGCGGCGUCCGCGCGGGACGCCGAGCCCGCGCUGCACGAGCUGGCGCUGGCGCACUCGCGCCUGCAUCUCUACUUCGUGUUCGUGCGCCGCAGACUCGAUUUAAACACAAAUAUGGACGAGAAGACGAGAAGCGCAUGCGCAGAGGAGAUUGAAAGAAUAAUUUCGGAAAGCGACAUGACCAGAACUGCGCAGGACAUCUUGGGACAGUAUUUGACACUUGAAAGAUUUUAUUUAGAAGAAAGCGUAAAUAAAGCGUUGAAGUUGUCCACUCCACAGCCCGGUAUGACUACGUCUAGUUUGGUAGAUGACGUGUUCUUCAUAGCUAGGAAAGUUAUUAGGCGCGGCGUGUCCACGGGCAGCGUGGAGGGCGUGUGCUGCGUGGUGAACGAGGCGGGCGCGGCGGCGGCGCGCGCGGCCGCCGCGCUGCGGCGCCGUCUGGGCGCGCCGCCGCCGCCCCCGCCCGCGCCGCUCUGCCGCGACGCCGACGCGCACGCCAACCUCUACUUUGCGCACAUGACUGAAGCGGAGCAGGGCGCGGAGUGGUCGGAGCGCAUCGCGAGCGAAGCGUGCGAGUGGGCGGACGCGCUGUGCCGCACGGACAGCGAGCGGGACAAGGUGCGCUCGUGCGCCGCCGGGUUCGCCGACGCCGCUGCCGCCUUCCGCAGCGUGUCCCAGAUGGGCCUCGCCGCGCUGCGGGCCGCCCUGCAGCCCGCGCUGGCCGCCUGGGCCGACUACGUGGUGGCUCCUGACCUGGACAUCGAGGAGGUGGAGGAGCAGGCGGGCGCGCUGGCGGGCGCGCUGGACGCGCUGGCGGCGGCGGCGCGCGCGCGGCUGGGCGGCGCGGCCGACGCGCUGCUGGCCGACCUGCUGGCCGACCUCAUCGCGCGCGCGCACAAGAAGAUGCUCACCAACACGUAUGAUCAGGAGGGCGGCGUGGGCGUGGAGCGGCGCGCGCGGCGCCUGGCCGCGUGGGCGGGCGGCGAGGCGGGCGCGGCGCGCGAGCGGGCCGCGCGGCUCACGCACGCCGCCGCGCUGCUCGCGCUGGACGCGCCGCAGCACGCCGCCGCGCUGCCGCCCGCCGUGCGCCCGCCGCCCGCGCGCGCCGCUGAGCUGCUGGCGCGCCGAUCGGACUUCAAGCUGGAAGACAUAAAACGCAUAAAAUGGUAACUUGCCAUCAUUUGUAGCAGACUAUCAUUCUUCCAUUAUAUAAUUAUUAUUUAUACA